UAUAAACUCUUUCUCUUUGGAGCCAAAGCUCCGUCUUUUCAAAAACCUCCAUUUCUUCCUCGCGCCGUCCCCCCUAUUCUCUCCUUCUAAAUCAUGUCUUCGUUUCUCCUGUGAAACCCUCUCCACAAAAAUCUCUACCGGAAAUUGAUUGAACUGGGGUCAGAUCCUAUUUGUUCCCAUUCUUCAGCUUGGACUCUUAUCUCAGCUCCAGUCGAAUAGUAAUUCUUUUUCAUAAUGAUCAAUCCUGAUUUGAAAAGCAACGUUCUGGGUAAUGUUGAGACUGGCAUUCCUUUGUGCCAUAAUCAAUCAACUGCGGUUAAUAAAAAAAUAGCUCUGAAGGAUGUGCAGAAUAACAACAAAGGCUUUGUGCGCAACUAUCAAGGAACUAGUGCAGAUGUAGCUAAGGUUUCUGGAUCCAAGAGACAAACUCCUGGCGGUUCUGUAAAUACUCGACAGUCGUUGAUAAGUAAAGGCGUAAAUGAUCAUCUGGCUGAUGUUCGUAAAAGAUUUGAAGCAGAACUAGGAAAAUCACGACAUGAUAACUGGGACAAGAAAACUAAGGUUUUACCGUCAAGACCAAAUGCUAACAAUAAUAUGAAGCAGGAUUUGCCCCAACAGACCCAAAUUAAAGAUAAUGCAGUUUCACCACCAGCUUCAGGAAUUAUCUUUCCUAAAGUUGUACCACUUUGGAAGAAUAACACAGUUGAAUCCAAUGGAAUUAAGGUUAAAACAGAAGUCUUUCCAGUACUCACUGAGGCAGCUAAUAACAAAUGGCGCGAGCGGUUUGUUGCUUUACAAAACUUCUUAAAACAGUGUGAUGAGUCAGCUAGUCAAAGGGAUUACGCUCAAAAAAUGCUGCUUCUGUCACCAUCUGAUCUUAGUAAACAUGCUGUUGGAUUGGAGACAAGAGCAAUCCAGCUGACCAUAGAAGAAGGGAAAGAGAUGCAGCGGGUGAAGGUGCUAAACAUACUUGGGAAAGCUGGUCCCACGAAUAAUUCAAAUAAAACUUGUGUCACUGCUACGAACGAUCCGAGAUGAACCAUGCCAAGCUUUAACAAGCUUCUUUUUUCUAAAAAAGACAGCUUGAAGAGAGUUGAUAUAGGCUUUGUAGUAGGUUCAUGAUGAGUCCGAUGAUGAGAAAUGGGGGUUGGUUGGUCUGUUGGAGAUGAUCACGAUUUGUUUUGGUCUAACAUCAUGGUAUUUUGUUGUUUUAGCAUUAUGUUGUUCUUGGAUGUUUGGCAACUGGUUCCUCUGCUUAUAUAUGCAUGAAAAAAAUGCUGUAAACCAUUUAUGGCUAUAUUGUUGAGUAGUAAGUAAUCUCAAUAGAUUUAUUGUUUUCUU